AGUGACUAGGUUACGCCCCCUUUUAGGUGUUUUAUAUUUCAGGUGGGACUGAGGUUAAUAAGACUGGCAGCAAGAUGAGAGUAACUGGAACAUUCUUGACUCUCAUUAUCUCUACAUCACUGUACCAUUCACUGGCUAAAACCACCUGCCCUAACUGCAUGGACUGCAUAAAUUCUCAGUGCCUGAACUGUACUUUAGAUGCACUAGGAAAAGCUAACGAGAUUUGCCAGCAGUGUCUCAGCAACACAAUAGAAUGUUUUUCUGACAUUCCUAAAACCUGCAAACUAAAAGAGUUUAAAGUACAUGUAGAUGCUCCUACUCAUGUUAAGUAUGAUAAAGAAUUCAACGCAACCUGUAACGCACCACAUGACCUGCCUCAAUACCUGAAUGUGAGCUACCAGUGGCUACUAAACAACAAGUCAGACAGCCAGAACAAAACCAUGAGUUUGCGGAUUAAGGAGAGGGUGACGCUGAAAUGCACUGUACUGAGUCAAUGUGGAAACUUCAGCUCUGAAGAUCACAUGAUAUCUUCAGAUGACCAUUCACCGGCCAACACCACCUGCCCUAACUGUGUGGACUGCAUAAAUUCUAACUGCCUGAACUGUACUUCAGAUGCACUAGGAAAAGAGUUUAAAGUACAUGUAGAUGCUCCUACUAGUGUUAAGUAUGAUAAAGAAUUCAACGCAACCUGUAACGCACCACAUGACCUGCCUCAAUACCUGAAUGUGAGCUACCAGUGGCUACUAAACAACAAGUCAGACAGCCAGAACAAAACCAUGAGUUUAAGGAUAAAGGAGAGGGUGACGCUGAAAUGCACUGUACUGAGUCAAUGUGGAAACUUCAGCUCUGAAGAUCACAUGAUAUCUUUAGAUGAUCAGAUAACACUGAUUCUGGUCAUCUGUGCAAUUGGAGCUGUGUUUGUCAUCUUAUCUGCCUAUUUUGCCAUGAAGAUGAAGCUAAGGCAAACCAACCUACAUCGUGAGGCCAUGCGGCGCCAGAGGCAAGAAACGCAACGUGAAGUCACCACCACCACCAGCACCGGCUACUGGUGAGAGACGCGACCUACAGAGCUGGUCUCAAAGACCAAGAUCAUUUAAAUAUUUGUCUAUUGCCUAGUCUUUUUUCUUUCAUUAUUUAAUAAAUGUACACAUUUAGCUACUGUAAAUUACUCACUU